AUGCCUCAUUCACCGUCGGUCGUCGAGGAAGCCUCUGUUGCCCGAACAGGUGGGGGGUCUAACAUUCCACUCGUUGACCUGAGUGCCCUGAAAGACAGCACCAACCCUGAAGCAGCACUGAAUGCCGGCAAGAGUCUUGUGGACGCUUUUAGAAUAUCGGGCUUUGCCUAUGUCAAGAACCAUGGAAUCCCCGAGGAAAUCAUCAAGUCCGCCUUCCAGUGGAGUGAGAAAUUCUUUUCCCUCCCUCAGGCUGAGAAGGACAAGGCGCCGCAUCCACCCGAGGGAUGGUGGCAUCGCGGGUACUCCGGCAUUGGCCGAGAAAAGGUGUCGCAGAUGGUAUUUGACGCCAAAGAAAUCAGCGAGUUGAGGAAAAUCCCAGACUUCAAGGAAUCAUACGAGAUUGGGCGCGAGGACGAUGAUCACCUGCCCAACAUCUGGCUCCCCGAGGAGUCGCUCCCUGGGUUUCGGUCAUUUUUCAACAACUUCUACGAGGUCUGCUAUCAGCUCGAACUCCACCUGCUCCGUGCUAUGGCUCUCGGCAUGGGCCUGGACGAAGAUUUCUUUCGGGACUACCAUGUGAUGAAAGACAACCAGAUCCGCCUCCUCCACUACCCGCCGGUCGAGGAGAAGCUCUUGCGCGCCGGCAGGGUCGAGCGGCUGGGAGCGCACUCGGACUUUGGCUCCAUGACGCUCCUCUUCCAGGACGAGGUCGGCGGCCUCGAGGUAGAGGACCCCAACGAGGAGGGCCGAUUCUUGCCCGUGUCGUCCAUCCCUGGGACGAUCGUGGUCAACAUUGGCGACUUCAUGCAGCGGUGGAGCAACGACACUCUGCGGUCCACUGUGCAUCGUGUACGAGCGCCGCCGCUCGAGACGAACGAGAGCGGUGACCGCGUGACCCGGGCACGAUAUUCAAUUCCGUACUUUAUCGGCGCUGAUCAGGAGAAGACGGUAGACUGCGUGCCGGGUUGCUACGGCCCCGGUAAGCCGAAGAAGUACGAGUCGAUAAACAGCCGCGAGUACAUCGAGAUGCGACUGAAUGCGUCGUAUUAG